AACAUAAUACAGUGCAAACAAACCCAACCAAACCACCCACAGAUAACAGUACAUACAAGCAAGCGUCGUCAGGCAGGCCGGGUCAAUAUCAAUUGGGCAGGUAGGUACAGGGGGAGCAAGCGGAGAAUGGUCGGGGUCACAGGCCAGGUUCAGCAGGUAGCAAGCAGCGUAGUACAGAGGGUCAGGCAGAGGGAUGGUCAGGAGCGAGCCGGGAUCAGAGCGGGAGAAGUCAGCAGCAGUUUAGAUCAGGCAGGGUCAGCAAAGGAACAGAAACAGGAUGCAGGACAAAUACAGGGCCCAGGACAAACACAACACCAAGGCAGAGUCUGCAAGUCUGGCCAU